UUUUCAAUCUCUGGACAUGCUGCCCCCUAAAUCUCCACCACCAGCUGGCUUUGUGAAAUCGCCUCUUUCUGAAACUAAGCUCACGGGCGACACCUUUGAGCUGUACUGUGACGUGGUGGGAAACCCCACCCCAGAAAUCCAGUGGUGGUACUCUGAGAUCAACCGAGCUGAUUCCUUCAGGCAGCUGUGGGACGGCGCCCGUAAGCGGCGAGUGUCCAUCAACACGGCCUACGGUGCCAACGGCGUGAGCGUGUUGGGUGUCUCUCGUCUUACGCUGGAUGAUGCUGGGACGUACGAGUGCAGAGCCAGUAAUGACCCGAGACGCAACGACCUGCACCAAAAUCCAGCCACCACUUGGAUCCGUGCUCAGGCCACUAUAACAGUGCUGCAGAGUGAGUUAGGACAGCUAGCUUCCUCCGUAGGUGCCAUCCUCCCCUGCAGACCUGGAAAAGGAAGAAAAACACCAUCAACUGAUUGCAUUGUACUCAUCCCUCGGUUCAAGCCAUCAAUCAUCGCCUCUGACCACAUCACACUUCCUGUGGAAGGUGACACUUUCACAUUGCAGUGCAACCUGACCAAUGCCCACAGUGUCCACAUGGAGAGCUACUGGAUGAAGAAUGGGGAGGAGAUCCCGGGAACACACACCCAAAAUAAGAACACUGAGUACAGGCGGAACAAACCAAGAGGAGACGAUGCCGGAGUGUACAUGUGUGUCUACACCUUCGAUAUGACUCCUUCAGCCAACGCCACUAUCGAAGUUAAAUGUAGGUGUUGAUUUGUGACCUGCAGGCAUCUUUGUCAG